AUGACAAUAUACAGUGCUGAUGAGGUCUAUAGGCAAAACCAAUCCCAAAUUUAUAACCUGCAAGAGACUAUUUUGAAUUCAAAUAAAACUGCACAUAUGCAACAACUGAAAAAUAAGAGUAAUGCAGUUACAAAGGAAAAUAACACAAAAAGAAGUAGCAUGAACUAUUCUAUUGUCGAUUCAACCUCUGUUUUGAAAUUCGUAGAGGGAAAUUAUUCAAGUCAAAGAAAAAAUUUAGGUCAUUUAUGCUAUGACCCAUUCAAAACAGGCCAUUUCCAAAAAAAUAUUCAUAAUUUUAUAGAAUUACCAUACCCUUACAAUCACCAAGAUUUAUCUUUGCCAAAACCUUUCCUACCGGAAUUAGGUAACGAUUCAAUAAAUUCUUUAAUUACAAUUAAGAUUUCUUAUGAAGAUUUAUGUCUGAAUGAAAAUUCAAUACAGGAAAGGCCAAGGUUUUUAAACAAUGAAAUUUGGGGGUGUCAGAUUUAUUCAGACGAUUCAGAUCCAGUUCUAGCUUUGAGACAUUGUGGGUUCCUUGCAGGACAUUUUCCAAAUAGUAAUAAUAUUCACAAUAACAGUAAUAACGUUAACAGCAUAGCCAAAAGAACGCCAGGAAAUUUAUCAAAUAAUGAUAGCGUACAUGGUAUACUACCGCCGGAUGAUACUCCAUUCGAUAUAGAACUAACAAUUAUCAUGUUGCCUUGUCUACAAUAUUAUCCAAGUGUGUCCCAAUAUGGUAUUAAUUCCCGCCAAUGGGGUAGCCCAAACGAAAUAUUAAUGAAUAAUCAAGAACAGGAUGAUUCCUUCUUUAAUUUUCAAUCACAGAUUACCGCUCCCCAUGAUGGUCUGAGUUAUGCAAUUUACGAUAUUAAUGUCAUUACAAGAGACGUUACAACAAAAAAUAUUAAUUCUUCCCCUGACAAUGUAGACAAUUUGAAAACUAAUUGGUAA